CUUUACAAGUCAGCGAAGAAGCCAAAAAAUUAGCGGCGGUUAGCGGUUUAAGAAUUUUGGCUAUUUAUGGAGGGACGCCUAUCCAAAAACAAUUGGAUUUUUUGCAGCGGGGGGUAGAAGUGGUGGUUGGCACGCCGGGCCGCAUCAUCGACCAUUUACAACGUCAAAGUUUAGCCACCAAUAAGCUAAAAUUCGUCAUUUUGGACGAAGUUGACGAAAUGAUUAGUCAAGGAUUUUUAGAAGCUAUUGAAAAAAUUAUCCGCCAAACUCCAGCCAGUCGCCAAACCUUACUUUUUUCGGCGACUAUUACUCCGGAAGUAAAAACUUUUUCUCAAACCUACUUGAAAAAUCCGGAGUAUGUGGUCAGCAGCAGCGAAAGUCCGCAAUUAAACGCCAUUGCUCAAUAUUAUGUUGAGACUCCGUUUCGGGAAAGAACCCGGAAUUUAAUUAAUUUUCUGCGGGUUAAGCAACCGGAAGCCACGCUAGUUUUUGCUCGGACCAAAAAACGUGUGGAAAGACUACAAGAAAUAUUAACCAGAGCAGGUUGUAAGGCUGAUUACUUACAUAGUGAUUUAUCCCAAAGCCGCCGUAUUCGGGUGCUGGGUAAAUUUCGUAAUAAACAAAUUCCUUUGCUAGUUGCUACCGAUGUGGCCGCCCGCGGUAUCGAUAUUAAAGGUAUUUCGCAUGUCAUUAAUUAUGACUUGCCCCAAAAUACCGAAUUUUAUAUCCACCGCAUCGGCCGGACCGGUCGGGGAGGAAAAACCGGUCAAGCCAUUAGUUUUGUUAGUUCUUGA